CAAGACAGUAGCACCCAAACCCCGAGCCAGCCAGGCCUCCAACCUCUGGAGAAGAAGGUUCUCCCAAUGGCUGCCAACGUCACGGCCAAUGCUGCACCAAAUGCGACCAACUCCACAGCCAGUGCUGCACCAAAUGCAUCUACCUUCAUGUUUAUCUGGUCUCUGUCCGUCAUACUGCUCUCACUGGCCCUGGUGUUGGGACUUCCUGGAAACAUCUUUGUGGUAUGGAGUAUCCUGGCCCAAAUGCGACACCGUUCUGUCACUGCCCUUCUGGUCCUGAACCUGGCAGUGGCUGAUCUGGCUGUGCUCCUUACUGCGCCUUUCUUCCUCCACUUAUUGGCCAGUGGUACCUGGUCCUUUGGUCUGGCUGGCUGCCGCCUCUGCCACUACAUCUGUGGAGUCAGCAUGUAUGCCAGCAUCCUACUCAUCACAGCCAUGAGCCUCGAUCGCUCCCUGGCUGUGGCUCGCCCUUUCUUUUCUCAGAAAUUUCGAACCAAGUCAGCUGCCUGGCGAGUCUUGGCGGGCAUCUGGGUGGUUUCUGCCUUCUUGGCAGUGCCUGUGAUCGUGUACCGGCAAGUGACUACUAAUGAACGAGGCAGAGUGAUGUGUGAUACAGAAUACUCUACCCUUGGUCACGUGGCCUUCCACUUGCUGUUCGAGUCUAUCACAGGCUUUGUGCUGCCCUUCAUGGUAAUCGUGGGCAGCUACUCAGACAUUGGGCGGCGUCUGCAGGCCACUAGAUUCCGCCGGAGCCGCCGAACUGGACGCCUGGUGGUGUUGAUCAUUUUGACCUUUACUGCCUUCUGGCUGCCCUACCAUGCUGUGAACCUGGGAGAGGCUGCCAGGGCCCUUCGUGGGUAUAACAUAGGGGAGGGGUCAGCAGGGCAGCGUCUGAAGUUGGCUCGAAAAGUUCUGAUUACCCUAGCCUUCCUGAGUAGCAGCCUGAACCCUAUCCUUUAUGCCUGUGCUGGUGGUGGGCUACUCCGCUCAGCGGGUGUAGGCUUUGUAGCCAAACUGCUUGAGGGCACUGGCUCAGAGAUUUCCAGCACCCGGAGGGGCACCCAGGUUCAAACACCCUGUACCAACCCCAACACUCCUCUGGAACCUGGCCCAAGAGAGAACACAUUCUCUUCACCAGUUCCACUGAUUGAACUACUGAUGAAGCCUGGGGUGAGGGGUUUUGGGGGGGGUCCACACUGGGAUCAGCUCCCACAUUCCCAGGGGUGACUGAAGCAAAAUGCUGUCUCAUUCCAGCUCAGUCAUUUUCCCCAGGGGACAUGGAGUAAGAGGAAGCUCUCAGUUUGGACUGACAGUCUGUUAAUAGAGGAGAUAAAUUGAUAUGGGGGUGGGGGUGGGGCAGCAGAAGAGGAGAUGGAAAAAGCUA